AAUAGGAGGCGGGACGGGAAAUCACUAAAUAAGACCUCGCGCCUCUUUGCACUUUUAACUGAAUUCGCGGACCCUUGCUUUGAUUCGCUCGCCUUCGCGGAAGACCUUCAAUCCAUGGCCAACAAUCCUUCGCAGCUACUGCCCUCAGAGUUGAUCGAUCGAUGUAUAGGGUCGAAAAUAUGGGUCAUUAUGAAAGGCGACAAGGAACUCGUCGGUACUCUCAGAGGAUUCGAUGUUUAUGUCAACAUGGUUCUUGAAGAUGUUACUGAAUAUGAGAUCACUGCCGAGGGGAGACGGAUAACAAAGCUGGAUCAGAUUCUACUCAAUGGGAACAACAUUGCUAUUCUCGUCCCCGGUGGAUCACCUGACCCAGAAUAAGUGCAGAAUAUGAAUAGCAUGUUGUUCUGGUUGGGAAACCUUGCACGACUUUCAUGGUUGGCUCCCAGCACCAAACAUUUACUUUUCUAUGGACGUAGAAAGACUCAGGUGACAUCUUUCAUGUAUUUGAUUGAAGUAAAGCGUCAUAGUUUCGUGUUCGUCGAUGUGAAUCUAGCUUUCUUCAUAUUCACUGCUUCGGCUGGAAAUCUUUUGGCUUAAUUCUGAAUUUGACUGCUUUCAAUGGGUUCACAAUUUUUUUAAAAGCUAAAGCUGUAAUACCCUGAAGUAAAACACUUCUCCUGAUUUUAAAACAAUGAAGGAGAUCGAAUCAAAUCGAUAAUCGAGCCAAGUCAUACAAAGGAA